GAACUCACGAGGCGGAGCCGAGCACGAGCCACGCCGCCAAGGCUUCUGGGAAGGAAACUGAGCAAGACGAAGGUUGAGCUCACGCGCUUUCCCCUGCCCUUGCGCACGCGUUGGCAGCUCGCGACUUCGGCGUAGCUCGCGUAGCGUGCGGCCCGCGUGUGAAAUCACAAGUUCUUCAACAACCUUUCCGGAAGAAAGUCCUGCUGUUACUUCAGUUUAGAUGAUUAAAGUAACUGGAGGCAAGAUCUCAGUUUGUUCUGGUACUUGCCACCUGCAGCUAAAUUCUUUUAAUUUCUUAAGUUUGUAUAUUUGACACAUUGCAUCAGAACAGCUACUACAGACUUCUUUUUCUUGCGAAGAUAGCUAUUUACAAUGGCUAGCCAGGUAAGAUAAUUUCAUAGAAAUGUGGUUGCAUUAUUAGCUAAUUUGGGGGAAGCGCAACCUUGUCCAUAUUUCUUGGCAAAUGGCGGACUUGAACCCAGUACUCCUGGGGAAGGGAUGAUGGGUUUUUAGCCAUAUAUUUCCCUCAGAUAAAUUUCUGACAAAUUGUUCUCCCCUGCUGUGAAAUCCUUAAUCACUCCAACUGAAGCAGCUUGGGGACAGAACACGAAACUUUGCUUUCUGCACUAUUGCACAAUGAGCUCUUGUGGUGGGACUUUCCUAUAACACUCACUAUUUAAGAUGCCUUCAUUGGAACUACUACCAUUCAUGUAAGUAAAACUUAAUAAAAAUGUUGAAUCUGUAUUCCUGAGGUGAGAUUACUGACUGCCUUUGGUUAUGGCCUCCUUCCCUUUUCCCUCCCAUAUAGCUGCCUCUGCUGGCUUUUAUUUAUUUAUUUUUUUGAAUGUGACCCUUUUGUCACUUAUAUGUUACUGUUGUGAAAACCAGACAUGAGUUCCUUCGGCUGUGCUGUAGACUUAUUCCAGACAAUUUCCUUGAGAUACUGGCCAACAGCCAACUACAGAAGAGCCUCAAGUCCGCUUUCUGUGCUUAAAUAAACAGAAAGAGUGACCCGGCUCUGCACCUUAUUCUGCUGUACUUUCCCUGAAUGAAUAAGCUGGGUCCUUUUGUAAAAACAAAAGCAAAAAAAAGAAAAAGCCUUAAAUGACCCUUAAGUGCUCAGUCAGCCUCUAAUGAUUAACCUUUUUUUUAAAUGAAGGAAGCCGAGGGAGUCAAAAUGUUGGCGUGAAAAGCAGUAACUCCGAUAGCCAGCUUGACUAAGUCAGGGGAAUAUGGCUUUUCAUACAAUCCUUUGGCUCUGUUAUUUUUGCCAGGCAUUUUCCCCAGAGGCUGCUUUCCCUCAUGGGAGGCGGAGGGAGAGAUGGGACCCCAGGCUUCUGUCAAGGGAAAGGCCAGAAUUUGUAAGGCAAGAAUUUGUUAGGGCAGAAUUUUCCAGGCCAGAAUUUGCAAUAUUUGUAGGAGAGUUAACUCCUGAAGUGGAUGACUUUUUGCUGUUUGACUAUUUUUUUAAAAAGUAUCCAUCAUGUAUAGACUGUAAAGUGGCCACAGAUCUGCUGGGAUAUUCCAGAGGUUAUGGUUUCGUCAGAUUUUCUGAUGAAGGUGAUAUGAUGAGAGCACUGCAAGAUUGUCAGAAUGCACCUGGUCUAGGCGGAAAACGAAUCCGAUUGACUUUAGGAAUUUCUAAAAGACUGAAAGCAGAAUUUCAAAGAUACCAGGCCUAUAGUUAUAAUGACUAUUACCAAGACUAUCAAAACUAUUACCGCCAGUACAAUUAUGAUAGAAAUGAACGCUAUGACCGAUUUGAUCGCUUUGACCGUUUUGAUCGAGGUAGCCGUUUUGGUGAUCGUUUUUCUGAACGGUACCCUGAGCAUUUUGGUGAUCGUUUUCCUGAACGUUACGCAGAGCGAUUUGGUUCUCGUUUUGGUGAACGCUAUGAAUAUCCUGAGUAUGGAGAUUAUCCUGAAUAUGCAGAUUAUAAUGCUGACUAUAGUGAUUAUAAUUAUAGUUACGCAUCUUAUGAAAGAAUGCAGCCUACUGGAAAUAUGGGACAACAAGCAAUGAAUCCAGCUUUAUUUCAGGAUACCUGUGGUAUGAUUUUAAAUGAUGAUCUAGUAACAGAAGAUCCACAGCUCAACAUAGAUGUUCAUAGAAUGAACAGAGAAUUUAUGGUGAGAAGUGAAGAACUUUUUGACACACUUAUGAGCUGUCAUUGGCAACCUCUGGACACAGUCACUUCUGAGAUCCCUACUGCUUACUAAAAGUGUCUUAUGUUAACACCAUAGCAUGACUAUUUUGACCAAGGUGCUAAAUUGACAUUUCUUCUACAUUACUUUAGAUCCUAAAUUUUAAAGCACAGUGUUGGAUUAUUAUUUUUUUGCAAUGCUUUGAUGGCCUUUGUAAUUUUGUUCAUCAGUAUCUUGAAAUCAUGUAAAUAUUCUGGAAAUGUAAAGAGUUAAAUAUGGACUUGCUUAUGUAAAUAAUAAAACUUUGUUUCUGCAAA